CAAAUUAUAAUAUAUGAAGGUGUUGUUCACUGUCCUAUAACAUUCCCAGUGAGACAGGUGGGAGAUGGGAGGGAUGCUGCGUUGCUUCUCACAUGUUCUAAGUGGUUUCAGAGUGAGGUUAAAACAAAGGAAGCUACUGAAACACAGGAAGUGCAAGAGCAAAGAGGAAACACAGAGUUGUCAUUAAUUUGGGGACAGUUACAAAGACAUGAAACCAGCUUUGAGAUCAGAAAAGGAAAAGGGACAAAGACGUAUGAGCAGCAUGGACAAGGUUUUCCUCAUUCUGAUUCUUGUGGGAGGAUUCUGGAAGACUGAAGCUAUAUCUGUAGAAGGAGAGCUGGGUGGAGAUGUCACAAUUCAAUGCUCUCACGUUUUAGCAUCUGACAACGUCAAAUAUUUCUGCAAGGACCCUUGUGAGGAUGAAGACGUCCUAAUAAGAAGCAGCCAAAUCAGUAGAGGCAGAUACAGUAUCAAAGAUGAAGGAAGCACGUUCAACGUGACCAUCUCUCAUCUGACGGAGGGCGACGCAGGAAAAUACUGGUGUGGAAUAGAAAGAGUUGUUAAGGACACGUACAAAGAAGUCGUCCUCACGGUCGUAAAGGGAAAAACACAGGACCCUGAAGAGGACUUUUCACAAUCAACUAUAGACUCAAACUACACUUAUUUUCGCCUUUGGCCAGACACCGUGCUGUACGCUACUGUUGGGAGCGUCGCCACGCUCAGUGUGUCACUGCUGCUGGUAACGAGGUUCAGGAAACGCAGAGACGACGUCAGUGCAGAGGAAGGAGAGUUAGACAGUGAGAACGAUGACAUUGCAAAAGAAGUCCAGUUGAUAAGAUUAUCUGAGAAGAACUCUGGUGCUCACCGAAACCAGGAUCCUUCAACCUCUGUGUACACAGAGGUUGAAUACAGCGCACCACCUCAUAUCAGUGAAACCAUCUGCUGCUCCAGAGGUGCUACAGAGUCCAGACAUUCAGCUGCAAAUGUCCUCAGCACCACUUCAGAGAUCUGCAGCAUAUGUAUACCAGCCAUGAUAUCAGAAAGAGCAGGUGAUGGCUGUCUCAGAAAACACACAGAUGCACCUGCAGCACUGAGGAAUGCUCUGAUCAAAGCGACAGACAGCUGUUUGAGCACUGUGUCAGUUGUUUACUACAGAACCUGCAGUGAUUCCACUGAAUCUAGGCCCCGCUCUCUUUGGUUUGGCUUGGAUUUGUCUGAAUAG